AUGGAGGAGAGUAAGUUCAAAGUAAAGUUCACGGCGAAGUACUCCUUCGCUUCAGCCGUCAAGAUCAAGAAAAAUAAGGAUAAUGUGAAGUUCAAAGUCCGAUGCAGCAGAUACCUUUACACUUUGGUCAUCACAGACAAAGAGAAGGCAGAGAAACUGAAGCAGUCCCUGCCCCCAGGUUUGGCAGUAAAGGAGCUGAAAUGAACCCGGCACACUGAUUGGAACUGUAUUAAAGUUUUAAAAAUUCCUAAAA